UAGUGGUUGGUUGCUUCAGUUGAAAGUCAUCAGCACCAAUGCUGAUGCACUGACUAUGAUCGCGCUAAAGAAGAAGGAAGUCAUUCAUACUUGCUGUCGAGAAGAGGGUUCCUUCUUCUAUUCUGGCACAAUUUCUUUGUAUUUCCUCGGAAAGAGCUACCACUUGAUGGUCCAGCAUAUGAAUUUCUUUGCCAGACGACAUCAAUGAACUUUCUAGCUAAAUACCAAUUUGACUUCAAUGCAUGCAUACAUGAAGGAAUAUCUUAUUUAUCCAGAGCACAAGAAGCAGAGGCACUUAGCAAGUUAUCUUCAGCAUAUGAGAAUGAAUUGACUAAUUCCGCAAAUACCUCACAAGAAAAUUUAGAAAUACCUAUAGUGAGUACUGCAGACCUUCUCUUCACAGAAAGGAUAAAGAACAGGUUCCAUGAAUGGCGCAAUGGAAUUAUGAAAAACAGUUAUACAGACCACUACUUAAAAGAAGAGCCAGGGUGUGUGACGUCUCAGUUUCAGACAGUUUUCUUUAAGAUGCGACCAGCAAUUGAAUUAAAUGGUUUUAAUUCCCACCAAAUGAAGUUGAUUCAAUUGGUAUUGAGGAAACAAUUCAAAGAUCUUGUGUUCAUUGGUACACCUGGUGAAGAGGUCGUAUUUGAAAAGAAAGUGGUGUAUACUGAUUCUGAGGAAGACAAGGCAUUGCUUAUGAGGGAAGUUCUAGAAGAUCUUCAUAGGAGCAAGGAAGCAAGAGUCAGAUCUGCUGUGGGGUUGCGCCAUGUUAUUGAUUGCCUUGUAUCCGAACAGAAAUUGAUUGUUGGACACAAUUGUUUUCUAGAUAUUGCACAUGUAUAUAGCAAAUUUUUUGGUCCUCUUCCUUCAUCAAUAAUGGAGUUUGCAUUAUCCGUCCAUGAGAAUUUUCCUAACAUUGUGGAUACCAUGCAUCUUCUAAAUUCAAGUCAUGCACUUCAGUAUUUGAUGAAGAAAAGCAGCAAGUCAUUGUCUUCAGCAUUCUCUUUGCUCUGCCCAGAAGUCUCUUCUUAUUCAGUGAAAUCUGCACAUGCUUCUUAUGUGAAAUUUGAAAUUCAAGCAGAUGAAGCCGGGUCAUCUAACUGGACCUCAGGUGCAAAGCAUGAAGCCGGUUUUGAUGCUUUUAUGACUGGAUGCUUGUUUGCUCAAGAAUGUGCACAUUUGGGUAUAAAGUUCGAUCUAAGUUUACCAUUAACAAAUCUGGCAGCAAAUGAGAAGCUAAAGGACUACAUCAAUCUUCUUUACCCUAGCUGGAACAGUGGAAUUGUAAUCGACCUUACUACUGGUAUUGAGAAACCAGAGUCAAACUACAAACGAAAAUACCCUACGGUUUUAUUUUCAAACAUUGUCCUACUCUGGGGUUUCCUGUCCAAGUUCAAGCCAAAAGACUUGAAGGAUUGCAUAACUAAAGUUUUCGGUGCGAGCUAAGUAACAUCAAUCUUUUUCUUGGACUACACAGCAGCGCUCGUUCAGUUCAGCAAGAAGGAAUUUGUGAAUGAUUUUUUGAUGCUGAAGGACACAUUGGAAAGAAACCCGGAUGAUCCAAUAUCUAUGCUUAACCCACUCGCUGGACUAUUAGAAGGUGACAAUACACGAGCUACUAAUUAUGAUACCUAUAAGACUAUCUGCGGUUCAUCUG